UUUGGAUCGUAAAAAUCAAACCUCCAAAUCAUCGAUGGCGGGCUUUUCCUCCCCACUCCCAAACCCCAAAUCCUAGUCAAAAUCCCAUCCCAUCCCAUUCGCCACCCUCGACGCAGAUGGCGCCGCCGUCGGCACCGAAGAAGCGCAAAGUGCAUCUCCCGGAGAACGAGGAUGUCGCGGGCAAGAUCCUCGAGAAGCACCGCUCGAUGGCGGAGCAGCCGGGCGGUCUCUCGGGGCAGCAGGCGCUCGACCUCUCCGCCGCCUAUCGCGGUGUCUGCGCCGCCAAGCAGCCCAUCCGGACCUCCCGCGACCUGCUCCGCACCAAGGGCGUCGAAAAUUGGGUCUUUAACUUCAUGAAAGACUCUUUUCCUAGUUCCAGCCCAGAUUUGUCUCCUCAAGAAGUGAAUGAAAGAAAAUAUGUGCCACGGAAGAAUUCCGCUCCUUAUGCAAUAGUGAUCACACUCUACAGGGAAAUGGUAAGAGGCAAAAAUUAUAUGAUGAAGCAGGAGCUUAUUGACGCCGCUGAAGCCAGUGGUCUUUCAGAAUCUGCUAUUGGGCCAAACAACACUAGAGCAAAACCAGGGAAUUCUCAGAAUGACUGGUACACUGGAUGGAGCUGCAUUAACAAAUUAAUCUCUAAAAAACUGGUGGAGAAGUGGAGUAGCCCUGCAAAGUAUAUGCUAACAGAAGAAGGUGAAAAGACUGCUCGUGAUUGUCUUGAACGGUCUGGAUUAGACGAUACUGUAGGACCUUCAACCCAUCAUUCUGAAGUUGUUCUCAGCGAUUCAGAUUCUGAUGAACCAUAUGAAGAUUCUGAAAAUUUUGCUGAAAGGAGUGGUCCUCCAAAAUUGAAAGCAGGCAGUUCCAGUUCCUUUGAUAUCAGCAAGGGACCUAUUGAUGCUCCUCUUUCAUCUCGAGGAAUGUUCGGACAGCAAUCAUUUAGUGCAAUGGGUUCUGCUGAAAAUUUUCUAUUAGCCAUGCCACCUCGUCAUUCCAUUGAGAAUUUUCUGGAAGCUUAUGAAGUGGUGCUUAUAUUGGAUGAUCGGGAAACUCUUGGGCGCCGUGCUAGAAGAAAUGUUGUUGAUAACAUACGCUCGCAGUUUGGUAUACCUGUUAAGAUGAAACGCUUGCCUGUUGGAGAUGCUAUUUGGAUUGCUCACCAUAAAGUACUUCACACAGAGUAUGUUCUUGAUUUCAUUGUUGAAAGAAAAAGUGUGGAUGAUUUAGUUGGCUCAAUCAGGGACAACAGAUACAAAGAUCAAAAAUUAAGGCUGAAGAAAUGUGGGCUAAAAAACCUAAUAUAUCUGGUUGAAGGUGAUCCAAACACUGUAGAUGCAUCGGAGAGCGUUAAAACAGCCUGCUUUACCACUGAGAUUCUUGAAGGAUUUGAUGUCCAGAGAACCACUGGGUAUUCUGAUACUGAAAAGAAAUACGGCCAGCUCACACGCUCGAUAAUUGAUUACUACAGCACUAACUUCUCUGCUGGUGCUGAUUCUUCUCGACUUUGCCUGACCUAUGAUGAGUUUGUGAAAAGGUGUUCUGACCUUGAGAAGGUCACUAUGAGCGAUGUAUUUGCCCUUCAACUUAUGCAGGUGCCACAAGCGACAGAAGAAGCUGUUCUUGCUGUUACAAGUCUCUACCCAACUCUUCUCUCACUUGCUCAGGCAUACGCCAUGCUUGAUGGUGAUAGGCGUGCUCAAGAAGAGAUGCUGAUGAACAAGUGCAACUUGGUUAAAGCAGGUGCUAGCAAAGCCAUCUUCAAGUUUGUCUGGGCUGAAGGAUGAGCUCUUCUUACCUAGUUCCUCCCUAGCGGUUUGACCGGUCUUAUGGUCACCGUCAUGAUGAUUUCGGGCUGAAACUUAGGACUUUCAUGCUCGGAAGGCAAAAGCAGGAGGGAUCCUUUUUUGUGUCGCCUGGUGCCUUUGAAAACUAACAUAUAACCACUUAAACGAAGGGUCUUAGCAUAGACUCACCUUCCACUAACAUUUACCCCUAUGCUGUAGAAUUCCAUGCUGGACAAUAUGGAACCAUCGUGUGUGAUGUAGUGCAUACCAUUAUAUCUUAACUUAAGUACUUGCUUAAUGAAA